CGCGAGACACCAAAUGCACUUCCCGAGAAAGCCGUUGAACCCGGAGGCGGAGCGCGGGCACGUUCGGGAAGGCGGGCUGGGAGAAUGAGGAUAUAGUGAGGAACUUUUGUCAUGAAUGGACUCCUGUUGCUAUCUGACGACAUUCACCGGGCUUCGAAGUCAAAACUCGAUGCUUGGGCUUCAGUUAAACCCAGAGUCCGUUACCAGUAAAGGCGAAAGGCGUUUCAUCGGAGUGAUCUGAGCGAUACCCCCUCUCAGGAUUUGAACCCCAAGACCCCCAUAUACAGGAGCCCUGACCCCUGCCGGGCCGCCGUGAUCCACGCCAGAUCCAGACAUAGCUGCUUGGAGGCACAGAAAAGCUCUGGGAAAUGUGACAAUCAGACAUGAGCGUGACGUAUCCCAAGUCUGGGAGCUGUCCCGUGUGAGUGAGCACAGGAGAGAGAGGAGACUGGUCGCUCCCUCCCACAGGCUGCAGUUCCCCCCGGCCCCGGCUAGGGGGCAGCCCGUCACGCCGUCGGCAUCAGGAAGCGGCGUCGCUCGGGAGGACAAUGUACAGUAAUUGAGAGAGAGAAAGAAAAACGAAUCUGGGAAAAGAAAGGAAAAGAGCGAGAGAGAGAAAAAACAGCGUGUAUGGAUCGCGGCUGGGAUGGCAGCUUCCAACACCGAGCGCAGGGCUUUCGCUCACAAGAUUAACAGGACUGUGGCAGCUGAAGUUAGGAAGCAAGUGUCCCGGGAAUAUGGCUCCCCGCAGCUGUCCAAGAAGCGAAGUGGAACCCAGCAGUCCUUGUCCUCCCAUCUCUCCUGUUAUGUGCGUCUGCCCCUGUGUGUGUGCGCCACCCUGCCCGCUUUCCUCCUGUCUACACGUGUUCAUCAGGAGGAUCUCAAGCGCCGCUCGGUGUCUCUGGAUGACACUCCGCGGGGCAGCUGGGCCUCUAGUAUCUUUGACCUGAAGAACUCGGCACCGGACUGCCUGCUGCCCUCCCUGCUGGAGCGCAACGCCCCCGAGGAGAUAGACAACCGGAAUGCAGAGAAGAGGAGGGAAGGCCGGCACCCCGACCUGCUAGGGCUCUUCCCUGCUCCUGACGAGGACGAGGCCGUGGAACGCUGCACCAUUCCGGAAGUCCCCAAGGAGCACUUUGGACAGAGGAUCAUGGUCAAGUGCUUGUCCCUGAAGUUUGAAAUCGAGAUUGAGCCAAUCUUUGGGGUUCUGGCCCUGUAUGACGUGAAGGAAAAGAAAAAGAUCUCGGAGAAUUUCUACUUCGACCUGAACUCGGACCAGAUGAAGAGCAUGCUGCGGCCCCACACUCCCCACGUAGCCAUCUCCACGCUGACGCGCUCUGCCAUCUUCUCCAUCACCUACCCCUCGCCCGACAUCUUCCUCGUCAUCAAGCUAGAGAAGGUGCUCCAACAGGGAGAUAUUGGGGAGUGCUGUGAGCCCUACAUGGUCAUGAAGGAGUCCGAUUCAGCCAAGGAGGGUGAUCGCCUGAGUGACGAGGACCUCUACAAGUUCCUUGCUGACAUGCGAAGACCCUCCUCAUUGCUGCGCAGACUGCGGCCCGUCACAGCCCAGCUGAAGAUUGACAUCUCCCCCGCUCCGGACAGUCCACACUACUGCCUGUCACCCGAGCUGCUGCACGUCAAGCCCUACCCAGACCUGCGUGUCCGGCCCACCAAGGAGGUGCUGGAGUUCCCUGCCCGCUACAUCUACAUCCCGUACACCACAUACAGGAACCUCUUGUACGUGUACCCCCAGACCCUGAACUUCAGCAGUCGGCAGGGCUCAGUGCGAAACAUUGCUGUCAAGGUGCAAUUCAUGGCGGGCGAGGACCCCAGCCAGGCCCUGCCUGUUAUAUUUGGGAAGUCUAGCUGCGGGGAGUUCUACAAAGAAGCCUACACUCCAGUCAUCUACCAUGACAAAACUCCAGAGUUUUACGAGGAAAUAAAGCUGAAGAUCCCGGCGAACCUGACAGAUAACCAUCACUUCCUCUUCACCUUCUACCACAUCAGCUGCCAGCAGAAGCAGAACACACCCCUGGAGACGCCUGUGGGGUACACGUGGAUUCCACUAAUGCAGCAUGGCCGUCUUCGAACAGGCUCCUUCAGCCUGCCUGUGUCUGUGGAGAAGCCCCCCCCUAGCUACUCCGUGCUCACCCCUGAUGUGCAGCUGCCUGGUAUGAAGUGGGUGGACAAUCAUAAAGGGGUGUUCACCGUCGAAGUCACUGCAGCUUCAUCAGUGCACACACAGGAUCCCCACCUGGACAAGUUCUUCACACUGGUGCACGUGCUGGAGGAGUACUCCUUCCCCUUCCGCCUGAAGGAUGUCAUCAUCACUGAAGGCAACGUGGAGGCGGAGCUGAAGAGCAGCAUCGGCCAGCUGCGCUCCGCCGUGCUGGAGACCUGCAUCCGCUUCCUGCACCACCUGCUGAACAAGCUCAUCCUUCUGAUCGUCAGGCCCCCUGUCAUUGCCGGCCAGAUUGUCAAUCUGGGCCGGGCUGCAUUUGAAGCCAUGGCUCUGCUUGUGAAUCAGAUCCACAAGAACCUGGAGGGCAACCAGGACCAGCACGGCCGCAACAACCUGCUGUCCUCCUACAUCCACUACUGCUUCCACCUGCCCACACUGGAGACCGGGCCCCCCAGCUCCUAUACGGGAAGCGCCCCUUAUGGGAUGCCCAUCCAGUACGCCACCCUGUCCCGUGCCACAGGCCGUCCCAGCAGCCUCAACCUCUCCCGCUCCAAGAGCAUCAGCAACAGCAACCCUGACCUGGCCAGCACUCCCACCUCCCCCGACGACGAGGUGCAGAAGAUCAUCGGAAACAAGGGGAUUGAUCGCUCCCACUCCUGGGUUAACUCUGCUUACGCCCCUGGGGGUCCCAAAGCCGUCCUGCGCAGGAAUCACCCCAACUCCAGCAGUGACCUCAAGCAGGCCUCAGAGCGCUGCCCUAAUCGCAUGUCUGCCUUCCUGGAGGGGACUUCUCAUGCUGCCCCCACCCCGGCUCGGCAGACUGCCCGCAAGCUGCUUCAUGAGGAACUGGCCCUGCAGUGGGUGGUCAGCACCAGCACGGUCCGCGACGCUGCCCUGCAUCAGGCUUGGUUCUUCUUCCAGCUCAUGGUGAAGAGCAUGGCCCAUCACCUGUACCUGAGCGACAGGCUGGACACCCCCCGCAAGCAGCGCUUUCCAGACCGGUUCGUGGAUGAUAUCUCUGCGCUAGUGUGCGCCAUCAGUGCCGACAUCGCUAGUCGCUACCACAAGGAUGUGGAGCUAAUUGAGCGCUUGAACAGCAGCCUGGCCUUCUUCCUGAACGACCUGCUCUCUCUGAUGGACAGGGGUUUUGUCUUCAAUCUUAUCCGCUCCUACUGCAAACAGAUUGGCAACAAGCUGCACACAACUCAGAACCCCAAUGCACUAGUGGCUUUGCGUAUGGACUUCGUCCGCAUCGUCUGCAGCCACGAGCACUAUGUCACCCUCAACCUGCCCUGCAGCACACUGAGCCCCCCAGCUUCCCCCUCCCCCUCCAUCUCCUCCGCCACCUCGCAGAGCUCUGCCUUCUCCAGCCACCUGCAGGACCUGCGAGUCGCCAGCAUGUUUGAGCUGUCCGUGCCCUUCCGCCAGCAGCACUUCCUGUCGGGUCUGCUGCUCACGGAGCUGGCCCUCAUACUGGAGCCUGAUGGAGAGGGGGUCUUCUUCCUACACAAGAAAGCUAUCAGUGCCGUGCACAACAUGCUGUGCAGCCAUGACUCGGACCCGCGUUUCACUGACCCCCAGGUGCGCACACACUUGGCCCAACUCUACCUGCCCCUCAUCGGCAUUGUCAUAGAGACGCUGCCCCAGCUCUAUGACUUCACAGAAAACUCUCCCCCCCGCGUGCGCCACGCCUCAGCGCUGGCUGAUGACAUCGACUCCGACAACGGCAGCAGUAUCAAUCAGUCAGUCGCCAUGGCAAUUGCUGGCUCCCCUCUGCCGCACUACAAGGCCAAUCCCUUCCAGCUACCCAUUGUGGCUGGCAGGCAGAGCAGCAUCUUGUCUGCAGAAUCCAGUCGGAACCUGCUGAUCUGUUUCCUGUGGGUGCUGAAGAACGCGGAUAGCGAGAUUCUGGAGCGCUGGUUCUCCGACCUCUCUGUUCUGCAGAUCAACCGGCUUCUGGACCUGCUGCACCUCUGCCUGUCCUGUUUUGAGUACAAGGGCAAGAAAGCCUUUGAGAGGAUCAACAGCCUGACCUUCAAGAAAUCACAGGACAUGAAAGCACGCCUGGAGGAGGCCAUCUUGGGCUCAAUCGGAGCACGGCAGGAGAUGGUCCGUCGCAGCCGAGAGAGGAGCCCGUAUGGUGGCCAGGAGAACGUGCGCUGGAGGAAGAACAUCACCCACUGGAGACAGAACACAGACAGAGUGGACAAGACUAAAGCAGAAAUGGAGCAUGAGUCAAUAGUGGAUGGCAACCUGGCCACAGAGGCCUCACUGGUGGUCCUGGACACACUGGAGAUCAUUGUCAAGACGGUGCUGCUGUCUGAGACGAAGGAGAGCAUUCUGGGAGGGGUCCUCAGGGUGCUGCUUCAUAGCAUGGCCUGUAACCAGAGCGCCCUCUUCCUGCAGCACUGCUUCGCCACGCAGCGCGCACUGGUCUUUAAGUUCCCUGAGAUGCUGUUUGAGGAGGACACGGAGCUGUGUGCGGACCUCUGCCUGCGCCUCCUGCGCCACUGCAGCAGCAGCGUGGGCACCGUCCGCAGCCACGCCAGCGCCUCGCUUUAUCUGCUCAUGAGACAGAACUUCGAGAUCGGCAACAACUUUGCCCGUGUGAAGAUGCAGGUGACUAUGUCGUUGUCCUCCCUGGUGGGAAUGUCUCAGAACUUCAAUGAGGAGCACCUGCGCCGCUCUCUGAAGACCAUCCUGACCUAUGCCGAGGAGGACCUAGAGCUGCGGGACACUCCCUUCCCUGAGCAGGUCCAGGACUUGGUAUUCAAUCUGCACAUGAUCCUCACUGACACGGUCAAGAUGAAGGAGCACCAAGAAGAUCCCGAGAUGCUCAUUGACCUCAUGUACAGGAUUGCCAAGGGCUACCAGAACUCCCCUGAUCUCCGGCUCACUUGGCUCCAGAACAUGGCCGGAAAGCACUCGGAGAGAGGAAACCAUGCUGAGGCAGCCCACUGCCUGGUCCACAGCGCCGCCCUGGUGUCGGAGUACCUCAACAUGCUAGAGGACUGCCGCUACCUGCCCAUCGGCUGCGUCUCAUUUCAGAACAUCUCCUCCAAUGUCCUGGAGGAGUCUGCCGUGUCUGACGACAUCCUGUCCCCCGAGGAGGAGGGGAUCUGCGCAGGGAAGUACUUCACGGAGACGGGGCUGAUCGGGCUGUUGGAGCAGGCAGCCGCCUCCUUCAACAUGGCGGCCAUGUACGAGGCCAUCAACGAGGUCUACAAGAUCCUCAUCCCCAUCCACGAGGCCAACAGGGACUUCAAGAAGCUGGCCACCAUCCACGGCAAGUUGCAGGACGCCUUCAACAAGGUCAACAACCAGGUAGGUUGGGAGCGGAUGUUUGGCACCUAUUUCCGAGUGGGGUUCUAUGGCUGCCGGUUCGGGGACCUGGAUGAGCAAGAGUUUGUGUAUAAGGAGCCGUCGAUCACCAAGCUGGCAGAGAUCUCUCACCGGCUUGAGGAGUUCUAUGCUGAACGCUUCGGAGACGACAUAGUGGAGAUUGUAAAGGACUCCAACCCAGUGGAUAAGACCAAACUGGACCCCAAUAAGGCAUACCUUCAAAUCACCUACGUGGAGCCUUUCUUCGACACCUACGAGCUGAAGGAGCGCAUCACCUACUUCGACAAGAACUACAACCUGCGCACCUUCAUGUACUGCACUCCCUUCACGCUGGACGGCCGGGCGCAUGGCGACCUGCACGAGCAGUACAAGCGCAAGACCAUCCUCACCACCUCGCACGCCUUCCCCUACAUCAAGACCCGCAUCAACGUCACGCACAGAGAGGAGAUCAUCCUAAUCCCCAUUGAGGUGGCCAUUGAGGACAUGCAAAAGAAGACGCAAGAGCUGGCCUUUGCCACACACCAGGACCCCGCUGAUGCCAAAAUGCUCCAGAUGGUGCUGCAGGGCAGUGUGGGCACUACUGUCAAUCAGGGCCCUUUGGAGGUGGCCCAGGUGUUCUUGGCAGACAUUCCUGAUGACCCCAAGCUGUUCCGCCACCACAACAAGCUGCGCCUGUGCUUCAAGGACUUCACCAAAAGGUGUGAGGAUGCCCUGCGCAAAAACAAGGCUCUGAUUGGCCCUGACCAGAAGGAGUACCAUCGUGAGCUGGAGAGGAACUACAACCGCCUGAAGGAAUCGCUCCAUCCCCUGCUGAACCGCAAGAUUCCCCAGCUGUACAAGCCCCUUGUGAUGCACCACGCCAGUCAGCGGAACUCCUUCAGUCGAUCCAGUCUUCGUAAAGUGGAAGGUUGAGGAAAAAACAUAAAGAAAAAUUAGUCAGAAUGUUUUUUGUUUUAUUUUGUUUUGUGUGUCACUGAUGUGUUGCAGCAAGGAAGCAGAUCCAGAAAAACGAAAGGAAGUCUCUUGAACGCACACUUCUCUUCUUAAGCCUUAAUGUGCUUUUGUUAAAGACGGAGCUGCUAACACGUCUUGGUGGGGCGCAGGGAGAGAGGGCUCUGCUGAAUCUCCCACUCAGAGAAGAGGGCUCCAGGAACCCAGUCUGACCACUCAUUUAGGGUCAUCCUCUUCUGCAUCUUCCCUUGAGGCAAAGUUGCUCUCUAGGCUCCUCCGUAGGACUUCACUGUUCAAAGCUGAAGGAGCAACCAUUCACUGGAAUGAAGACAAGGGCAUUUCCCGCCGCAGCAUAGGGAUGUGCCUCUGACACAUAAAGAGGGAACUGUUAUCUUUUCUUUACAUUCCCUGUGGUAUUCCUCAGGUUCAGCUUUUCCCCCCUUUCUUGAGAAAGCAGGCCUAGUGCAUCGCUGAAAAUUUCCCACAUCCGGACAAUGAAGUGAUCAGUGUUUUGAGGAUUUUAUUUCUGUUUCUGCCUCUGAACUCAGGUCUUGUUCCUAAGACUUGUGUUUUUUUAAUUUGUAAGCAAUUACAUCUUAGAUCCUUAAGGAAGUGGAGAAGGAGAACUCAGAGGAUCCAUUCUUUGUGUAGCUGUCUUAUUUAGUGUUGCAGGGCAGGACGAGAAGAGCAGAUUUAACAGAGUUUAAAUUGACUCCUCAUCAAAUUGCCCAUUCCUGGCUCUCCAGUGCACCCUGGGAAUGACGGAACACACUCAUGGGACAGCACGGACAUCAGUCACUGGAACACUGUUCAGGCACCCACUAAUUUCCAAGUGUUCCUUUGACUUAAAUUCCAUUUAUUUUCAUUUCAUUCAGUCUCUGCCACUUUCAAGCUUCCUUUUUUCUAUGUUGAAAUCAACAUUGUUACUGGGGUUACAGUGUCAAAUCAGAUUAACGGUGUGACAAUAUGGACUGAACCCCCUCCUAAUUAAAGGAAAGCUAGUUUUAACCAGCUAGAUUAAGACCACUGACUAAAAACUGCAUUCCUGAGUCUGGACUGAAGCACCCUGGCCUUUUUCAGAGGUCAGGGAUAAGCAUAAGACUUUGUAAACUCUUAAUCCAGUACAUUGUGAGCUUCACUGAAAUAAAUGUAGGCGGUAAUAGUGUAAAUGCCUGCAAAAUGUAACAAUGAUUGCAAGAAGCAAGCUGUUAUGGUAAAGCCGUCCUAUUGUAAGACGUGUUCUGCAGCAGAGUAUGAGACUUUCUUUAGACAGCGCAACUUUGCCAGUAGUAAUUAGGAUCAUCUGCAACCCAUUACCACACCACUGCGCAGGGCUGUGCUGAAGCCAGCUUCUGAGUCAGCAUUGGUGGGUGGGGUGAAGAAACAGCCCUCAAAACAACCCGGAUCUUAGUGACAAACAAAUUCCUGUUUGUUGUUUUGGAAAAAUGUGAUCUGUUUCUGCAUGAGAGACGUAAUUAACAUGCUAAAGGACACUAAAAUCAUCUCUCCUGGCACUGAAAGGCCUUUUGCAGUACGUGGAGUGAUUUCUGUAAGUUCAGAUAAAAGAAAUGCUGCUCUGAUUUUGCCCCUUCCUGUGACCAGCUAUUACUAUUAAGAUGUGAAGCUUCUUUAGCUAAAAGUCUGAACCAGUGAUCAACUUACACUGGGCAGAGUUUGCAAAAACCCACCUGAUCUCAUCCUGUAAAUCUGUGGUUCUAAGCUCUGGUUCUGAGAACCCCUGUGACUUAGGGCUAUUGUUACAGGUGAGCUCUUAAUUGCUGAUGUAAAUUGAUCCCUUUAAUUGAUCUUUGUUGCCUGACCCAUUUCUGCACUUAGUCUUUUCAGAAAUACUCUGCUGUAUUUGUCAGAAACACACAGCUCCGUUCUUUCUCCCACAGCUUUCUUAUUAAAUGAUUCAUACAUUAUUAUUUCUGAAUUGUUGAUAACCAGAAACAGAUCCGAUUGACACUCCCACCUAAAACAGAGACUGUGUUCUGCAGAGGUCCAGCUACUUCCAUUCUGCGACAGCAGUGUGUGGAUGCAUGAGCCCCAGAACUGAAACUUGGGGAAAGAGCAGCUAUUGCACAGACUAACUGCACUAGCCUUGCAAAAGUCAUCUUAUCCAGAUUUGCUGCCAUCUCACUAACUGAUAUCCAGAAUGCAUGUUGGAGGAAGCACUUCAGCUUUGUGCUUAACUGCAGUCCCUUGGCAACAACAGAGAAUCACAAUUAUAAAAACAAGAAGAAAGGAAAUUGCACUGAUAUGCAGACUACUCUUGUUGUCAUUAGUUUUUCUACAUAGUGGAAAUGUAAACCAAGAACACUGCAUUGACCUUUAGCAAAAGGACUGUGUACAAAAGCAGACAAUUCUGUAUUUUUGUCCUCUUUGAACUGUGUAGUGGAGGAGGUGGGGGAGUUGUGCAUUCAGGUGUGCUGUGUUCUUUGUGUAGGGAUUUCCCAGAAGCGGUAGGGAAGUGUGAUAAGACCAAUGGCAAGACUUUGGGGGCACGGAGCUACAGUGAAGCAAGUUUGAAGUAGGCCCUUAUCUCCCGUGAAUCCUCGCCAAGGAAUCCAAGGUCAUUGGCUGUGGUGUGAUAAACGGAGUAAUGCUUGGGAACAGCUGGGUUCUCAAAACACACAUGUAGUGGGAAGGGAGAAGGGCAUUUUAUUCCAGUCAGGUUUUUCACUGAUGUAAAUCAUAGAAGACUUUAGGGGUUGAGGGUUGUAGUCACUACAGCACUGUCAGACACUGACCAGUGCCACUUAGUAUCCAGUUCGUUGCAAACCAAACCUGGGGAUUGCUAUAGACAAGUGUUUGUCUGCUACUGUGGGUAAUCUGCAAAGGUGAAAUCCUGCUUUUCCAGAUCUAAAGGGAACAUGUAUGCCAUGCACACCUGUAUGCUGUACUACUGGAGCCGACACUUCCAAAGGCACACUGCUUUUUUCUACUGUAUGUGAAAACGUUUGCCUUUUUUUUAUUUAUUCUUGAAUUAUUUUGCUAUUCCUGUGUAAUUUUACUGCUUUGUAUUAAAAGCCUGUUUUUGAUUUUUUUCCACUAAA